CCAGUUCAUUUUUUCAUUCAGUUUGGAAAAUCGAGUUUUAAAUUUAAAUCGUCCCCUUCGUCACAGAAAGAAAAAAUCUUGACACUGGAGUAUAUUUUUGUUUCCAUUUAGAUUCAAUUUUGGCUUGGUUGAAAAAAUGGCGAGGAGGAACUACGUGAGAGAGAACGUUCCUCUCUCACGCUUCGGCGUCUUGGUUGCUCAGCUUGAGUCCAUCGUCGCUUCCGCAUCACAGAAAUCUCCCGACCCUCUCCUUUGCUUCGAUCUCCUCUCGGAUCUCCUCUCCGCCCUCGACGACGAGCCCAAGGAAUCUAUCUUGUUGUGGCAAAGAAAAUGUGAGGAUGCUUUGUAUUCCUUGCUUAUUCUUGGUGCUAAACGACCUGUACGUCAUUUGGCAUCCAUAGCAAUGGCAAGGAUAAUAUCUAAAGGAGAUAGCAUUUCAAUAUACUCAAGAGCAAGUAGUCUCCAAGGGUUUCUUUCUGAUGGGAAGCGGAGUGAGCCACAGAGAAUUGCUGACUCAUCUACAACCUUCGUUGAGCUAGAACUUUCAUGUAUAGACCAACCUACAGCCUUGGUUCAAAAUGUGGCCUUGAUACAAGAGCACUUUGCUACAACAACAAAGAAGCUAGUAACACUUAAGAACUCAAAGAAGGAAUCUUCAAUCUUGCAGGCCAUUCGUCUGAAGUAUCUACAUCCAGAUAUUGAACUUCAAAAUUAUGCUUUGAAUGUUAUGGACAUGCUUCGUAUGGAUAUGUCUGUUGAUGCCCAUGCACUGGCAUGUGUUCUCUAUAUCCUUCGUGUUGGUGUAACUGAUCAGAUGACAGAACCUACUCAAAGGAGCUUUACAGUUUUCCUUGGAAAGCAGCUUCAAUCUCCAGAGGCCACCCCUUCCAUGAAAAUUGCCGCUCUACGUACACUAUCAUAUACUUUGAAAACUUUAGGAGAGGUUCCACAUGAAUUCAAGGAAGUUUUGGAUAACACAGUUGUUGCAGCAGUAUCUCACUCUUCUGAGCUUGUACGUGUUGAGGCUGCUUUGACAUUGCGUGCAUUGGCUGAGGUUGAUCCCACUUGUGUUGGUGGUUUGAUAUCUUAUGGGGUGACCACACUAAAUGCUUUAAGGGAAAGUGUUUCCUUUGAAAAGGGAAGCAAUUUGAAAGUUGAGCUUGAUUCUUUGCAUGGGCAAGCAACAGUUUUGGCUGCUUUAGUUUCCAUUUCACCAAAAUUACCUCUUGGUUAUCCAGCUAGAUUGCCCAAGUCAGUUCUUGAAGUUUCGAGGAAAAUGCUGACUGAAUCUAGUAGAAAUGCUGUUACUGCCAUGGUGGAAGAAGAAGCUGGGUGGUUACUCUUAUCAUCAUUACUAUCUGCUAUGCCAAAGGAGGAGCUUGAGGAUCAGGUCUUUGAUAUUCUUUCCUUGUGGGCUGACCUUUUCAGCGGAAACCCAGAAGAUGUUGUUAGACAAAGUGGAGAUUUACAAUCUAGGAUUUGUGUGUGGUCUGCAGCAAUUGAUGCACUUACGUCAUUUGUACGAUGCUUUGUUUCAUCCAAUUCGACAAUUAGUGGGAUUUUACUUCAACCGGUGAUGCUAUACCUCAAUAGGGCUUUGUCCUAUAUCUCUCUGUUGGUAGCCAAAGAACAACCAAAUAUUAAGCCUGCAAUGGACGUAUUCAUUAUCAGAACACUAAUGGCCUAUCAGUCCCUUCCUGAUCCUAUGGCCUAUAAGAGUGACCAUUCUCGGAUUAUUCAACUAUGCACAGUUCCCUAUAGAAAUGCUUCUGGAUGUGAGGAAAGCUCAUGCUUAAGGUUCCUGUUGGACAGAAGAGAUGCAUGGUUGGGCCCUUGGAUUCCUGGCAGGGAUUGGUUUGAAGAUGAACUUCGUGCUUUUCAAGGAGGAAAAGAUGGGCUCAUGCCUUGUGUAUGGGAUAAUGAAAUUUUGAGUUUUCCUCAGCCGGAGACUAUAAAUAAGAUGUUGGUAAAUCAAAUGCUUCUGUGCUUUGGAAUCAUAUUUGCUGCUCAGAGUAGUGGUGGUAUGCUGUCACUUCUUGGAAUGAUGGAGCAGUGUCUAAAAGCCGGGAAAAAGCAACCAUGGCAUGCUGCAAGUGUAACCAAUAUAUGUGUGGGGUUACUUGCUGGGUUGAAGGCUUUGCUCGCAUUACGUCCGCAAUCAUUAGAGCUAGAGAUAUUAAAUUUGGCUCAAUCUAUUUUUAAGGGUAUACUAAUUGAGGGAGACAUUUGUGCAUCACAACGUAGGGCAUCAUCAGAGGGUCUUGGUCUUUUAGCUCGCCUUGGAAGUGAUAUCUUCACAGCCCGGAUGACUCGAUUGUUGCUUGGAGAGCUAAAUGGUAUAACAGAUUCAAAUUAUGCUGGCUCAAUCGCUCUUUCCCUUGGAUGCAUUCAUCGCAGAAUUGGGCUACAUGUUAGGGGAGCGUUUGGUGUUGUUAUGACACGUUGGAUAAAUUUAAAAUCUGUUAUGGCCAUAUAUUCAGCCUCAACUUUGCCUCCUAAUUUGCAGGCAACACUUGGCCUUGCUUUGGAGAUUUUGCUGUCUGAGGAGAUAGGAAUGGUUGACCUUCAGCAAGGUGUGGGACGCCUUAUAAAUGCAAUAGUUGCCGUUCUUGGUCCUGAGCUUGCCUCUGGCAGCAUUUUCUUUUCACGCUGCAAGUCUGUUGUUGCGGAGAUUAGUUCCUCACAAGAAACAGCUACACUACUUGAGAGUGUCCGUUUUACACAACAGCUUGUUCUUUUUGCACCACAUGCUGCUUCGGUGCACUCCCAUGUCCAAACACUUCUGCUGACUCUGUCAUCAAGACAGCCGACGUUAAGGCAUCUUGCAGUCUCCACUCUACGACAUCUCAUUGAGAAGGACCCUGUUUCCAUUAUUGAUGAACAAAUAGAAGAUAAUCUGUUUCGAAUGCUCGAUGAAGAAACUGAUUCAGAGAUAGGGAAUUUAAUCCGUGGUACUAUCAUACGACUGCUUUACGUUUCUUGCCCUUCACGUCCUUCUCGUUGGAUAUCAAUUUGUCGUAACAUGGUCCUUGCUAUGUCAACAAGAGCAACUGCUGAGAUUAGUAAAAGUUCAGGGAAUGAUUCAGUUAGUGGUCCAGAUGGUGACUCAAGGUUAAAUUUUGGAGACGAUGAUGAAAACAUGGUCUAUAGCUCUAAAAAUAUGUUUCAAGGUCAUGCAUUUGAAGCUUCUAGUGUUGGCUGUAAUAGAGAUAAGCACCUCAGAUACCGAACCAGAGUUUUUGCUGCUGAGUGCUUGAGUUAUCUACCAGAAGCUGUUGGAAAGAAUCCUGCUCAUUUUGAUCUUUCUUUAGCAAUGAGAAAAGUUGCAAAUGGACAGGCCUAUGGUGAUUGGCUAAUCCUCCAAGUUCAAGAGCUAAUAUCAGUUGCUUAUCAGAUAAGCACAAUUCAGUUCGAAAACAUGCGUCCAAUUGGUGUUGGACUUCUAAGUUCAGUUGUAGACAAGUUUGAAACGGUUCUUGACCCUGAACUUCCAGGACAUGUUCUACUAGAACAGUAUCAAGCACAACUAAUAUCUGCUGUUCGCACUGCAUUGGACACAUCAUCUGGCCCUAUUCUUUUGGAGGCAGGUCUGCAGCUGGCUACUAAGAUAAUGACAAGCGGAAUAAUUAGCGGUGAUCAAGUUGCAGUAAAACGCAUAUUUUCACUAAUAUCACACCCGCUGGAUGACUUCAAGGACCUAUAUUAUCCUUCAUUUGCAGAAUGGGUCUCAUGUAAGAUCAAGGUAAGACUUCUAGCUGCUCAUGCCUCUCUCAAGUGCUAUACUUAUGCAUUCUUGAGGAGACACCAAGCUGGGGUUCCUGAUGAGUAUCUAGCAUUAUUACCAUUGUUUUCAAGAAGUUCAAGCAUUCUGGGGAAGUACUGGAUCUGGCUUUUGAAGGACUAUUGUUAUAUAUGCUUGCGCUUAAAUCUCAAAAGAAAUUGGAAUUCAUUCCUUGAUGCAAUUCAAUCACGUCUGGUCUCAUCAAAGUUGAAGCCUUGUUUAGAAGAAGCUUGGCCAGUUAUUUUGCAAGCACUUGCUCUUGAUGCAGUUCCUGUGAAUGUUGAUAAGAUUGGAAACUCAGAAGCUGCUGUUGAAAAUAUAUCAGUAAAUAGUUUAGUAUCUGGCUACAGUAUGGUUGAAUUGGAAUCCGAAGAACAUCAAUUUCUGUGGAGCUUUGCUUUGCUUGUUCUAUUUCAGGGACAACAUCCAGCCCUUUGCAAACAAAUUAUACCAUUAGCAUCCAGUAAAGCAAAACAUGAAGGAGCUUCUCCCGCUGAGGACAUGACUUCUCCAGGCUUGAAGUUUUAUGAAAUUGUUUUGCCAGUUUUCCAGUUUCUUCUAACUCAGAAGUUUUUCUCAGCUGGUUUUCUUACUGUGAAUAUCUGUGAAGAACUGCUCCAGGUUUUCUCUUAUUCUAUUUACAUGGAUAAUUCAUGGAACAGUCUUGCAAUAUCUGUUUUAUCCCAGAUUGUGCACAACUGCCCUGAAGAUUUCCUUGGAGCGGAAAAUUUCACUUGUCAGGUGGUGGAACUUUGUUUGGGUUGCCUUUUUAGAGUUUAUAACUGUGCUAGUGCAAUCUCACUUGAUCAAGCCAACUGGGAGGAUUUAAUUUCACCACUAUUUAUUGCUACGAAGACCAUAAUGAGGCGUUCUGAACCAAAAAUGCAGAAGCAACUGAAUUCAGUAGCGCUGGCAUUUCUGUUGAUUGGUUACAAAUUCAUUAGGCAAGCUUCAACUGAGCUAUCCCUCUCGAAAGUUACUGAUUUUGUGAAGAGUGUGAAUUCCUUUUUGAAGAAACUUGUUGAUGAUGCUUCUAAGCUUGGUGAUGAUGCCAUUGUCCACCAGAGAACAAUUUUGUGCACUUCUCUAAAUGAGAUUACUGGUUUGACUAAGGAUUGCAUCAAAGGCAUUCAUCUACUGCAUGAUAAGAGAUCUGACUUACGCAAACUACUGCUAUUGAAGCUUGCAUUCUCUAUGGAACAGAUAAUUAUAUUGCCCAAGAUAAUGCUGGAAAUUCAAUGUCUAGAAGGCAACAAAGAUAGUGAUCCUGUCUAUUUCUCGGUGUUUAAAUUUUGCGCUAAUUGUAUGCAAACAAUACUAAAUGACUCAAAUGUACAGGUUCAGGCAAUUGGGUUGCAGGUGCUGAAAAGCAUGGUGCAGAAAAGCAUCACUGUGGAAGACAAUAGUUCCAUAAUAUUCAUUAUUGGAGAGCUGGUUGGGGACAUUCUCACCAUAAUAAAAAACGCAUUAAAGAAACCCAUGACUAAAGAAUCAGUUGCUAUUGCUGGGGAAUGCUUACAAGUCCUAAUGCUCCUGCAAACAAUGUCAAAAGGGAGUGAAUGCCAGAGACAGUUCAUGAGUCUCCUUCUGGAAGCCAUUCUUAUGAUCUUCUCAGCAUUAGAGGAUGAUUGUUCUCAGGAAGUCAAUGACAUAAGAAGCACUGCCCUGAGGCUUGUUUCUCAUCUUGCUCAAAUUCCUUCUUCUGCUGGUCAUCUCAAAGAUGUCUUGUUAUCAAUGCCUGAGAUGCACAGACAGCAACUUCAGGGGGUUAUUCGUGCUUCUGUAACACAGGACCACGAUGCAGCACAAAUGAAAUCUAUGUCACCAGCAUUAGAGAUAAAACUACCAGUGCCAGUGGAAGGAAGAAGAGAGGACAAUUUCCUAUCAUCAGCCACUCAAGUAAAGCUUAAACAGCAAAGUGAAGGAAGAGAUUUACCUUCAUCAGCCAACCCUAUAAACACCAAUAAUGAUGACAUGGAAGAAGAUGAAGAGGAUGAAGAUGAUUGGGAUACCUUCCAGUCUUUUCCAGCCUUGAAGAAUACAGCUGAAAGUGAUUCUGUAGUUGAAAAUGCUGCAAAGGACCCAGGCCCUGAUGAGAGCUCUUCUGCUUUGGAAAUUGGUACUGGUGACUUUGAACAACAUCCAUCUGCUGAAAAUCUCAGUAAUGUAGGGACUGCUAAUGCAGAGCAUUCAGAGUUUCCGGCAGAAAUAAUAUCUGAUGGCUCAGGUGACACAGGUAAGAUGGAACUACUUGACUCUCUAUCAAACCCUGUUAUUGAUCCUCAUGAAAAUCAAGAUCGAGAAGGAAACAAGGAACUAAUAUCAAGCACCAAUAGUGAAGCCAGAGAAAUUCCAAUUAACAGCAAUGAGAAAAUAUCAUCUGAUCUUCAAGUUGUUGAAGAUGUGAAAGUAUCAUCUGUAGAGAUAGAGGAUUAUGAGCAGAGAAGGGAGAACCCAGUAGCCUCAACCGAACCUCGACAUAGUGAAGGUGAUGAAGGAUCAGUCAAUGCAGUCGAGGAUCAUGAGCACCAAGAGGAGAGUCCUGAUAAUAAAGUUGAUGCAUCAGAUGCUCAGGCUCCCGAAGGGCUUUCUGGUAACAAAGCCGAAGAGGAAGCUGAAGCUGAAAUUGAUCAGUUACAGAAUAAGGAAGCUGGUGAAGAUGUUAGAGAAAGAACAGAGAAUAAGAGCAAUGUGCAGGAAAGUGCGAGCCAAGAUAACUUGGAACCACCAAACAAGGAAGCCGAUAAUGCUAAUUUAGAAUCUGGUGAGGGAAUUGAUAAGAUAUGAGUUAUUUUUGGCGAGGAAAAUAUAAGUUGGUGUUGUGUUUUCGGGCGGACAACUGAUAGUUCCUAGGAAGGCUUGGCAUCACUAAAUGCUCCAGUUUUGUAUUUAAUUGUGCAUGCAGGAUGGUGCAAAUAAACCAAAAAAAGUGAAUUGGAUUUAGUACUUAUCUCUCUGCUCUCUGACCUUUUUAAAAUUUCCUUGUUCAGUACGAAACCAAGACUUUUAUUUGUUUUUCCUCCUCCAUGGAUUUUACUGCCCUGACUCUUGUAGAAAAUUUAAUAUUAAUUCAUUUUUGGAGAUUAUAUAUU